AGUCUCAGAUUAACAGAAAAAAGAAAAAAAAAAACCCCAUAAAAUUCCUCAAAGAAAACCCUCUCUUCCCGCGAAAAUCCUUCUCAAUUUAACAAGAGAAGGAAGUUUUUAAAGCCUUUUGCAAUAAAAAUUUGUUGGAAAGGGCUCAUGGGAAGGGUUCUACGUGAAACACCGAAUCCACCAUUGUCGUCGUCGACGGAAGGCGCCACCACGUCGUCGACGUCGGUGAUGAAGACGUUGAACGGGUCUCACCACUUCAAGAUCACGGGGUACUCGCAAUCGAAAGGUACGGGGGUCGGAAAAUACAUAGCUUCCGAUAUGUUCAUGGUGGGUGGGUAUUUGUGGGCGGUCUAUUUUUACCCCGACGGUAAGAGCCCCGAAGAUAAUGCCGCGUACGUUUCGUUGUUCAUUGCUUUAGCGAGCGAAGGGACGGACGUUAGGGCGCUUUUUGAGCUCACCCUUUUGGAUCAGAGUGGGAAAGAGAGGCAUAAGGUGCAUAGCCAUUUUGGAAGGACGCUUGAAAGCGGUCCUUAUACUCUUAAGUAUCGUGGCAGCAUGUGGGGAUAUAAACGGUUUUUUAGAAGAACUCUUCUCGAGCAGUCAGACUACCUCAAAAACGAUUGCCUCUCUGUUCAUUGUAGUGUCGGAGUUGUUAAGUCGCAUACAGAAGGUCCUAAGUUCUACUCCAUAGCUGUUCCGCCUUCAAGAAUCGGUCAUCAUUUUGGACAAUUACUAAAAACUGGAAAGGGAACUGAUGUUAGCUUUGAAGUUGAUGGGGAAGUCUUUUAUGCCCACAAGUUGGUACUUGCUGCACGUUCGCCUGUGUUUAGGGCACAACUUUUUGGUCCUAUGAAGGAACAGAAUACAAAGCAGAUAAAAGUUGAAGAUAUUGAAGCUCCGGUUUUUAAGGCCCUACUUCACUUUAUGUACUGGGAUUCUCUACCUGACAUGCAAGAGCUCACUGGUCUCGACUCAAAGUGGGUGACUACAUUGAUGUCUCAGCAUCUGCUUGCUGCCGCAGAUAGGUAUGGACUAGAAAGGUUGCGAUUGCUCUGUGAGUCCAAUCUUUGUGAGGAUGUUGCCAUUAACACUGUGGCAACUACAUUAGCCUUGGCCGAACAGCACCAUUGUUUCCAGUUGAAAGCUGUGUGUCUCAAGUUCGUUGCAGUGCCAGAAAAUCUAAGAGCUGUAAUGCAAACAGAUGGUUUCGUGUACUUAAAGGAAAGUUGCCCAUCUGUCAUGACCGAGCUGUUGGAGUAUGUGGCUAGAGUGAUUGAGCACUCGGUGUAUGUAUGCAAACAUGGGAUUGAACCCGUCUUUGAUGGAAGUGAUGCAAAUGGUAGGAGGGUGAAGCAACGGCUAUAGUUACAUCUUGGUACAGUUUCCUUACUAAUUAAAAAGAAAAUAAGAAAGAAGAAGAUAUGAAUGACCAAAAAUAGAUGAAAAUACAAUUGGACUAGAAGAAUUCCUUUUUCUUUUUUUAAUUUUAUUUCAGUGUUGUAAGCUUGGGUAUGUGUAAGAGAUGUAAAUUUAGUUGUUCCUUUGGUUGCUCUGUAUUGGGAAAUGAUAUUUCCUCAUUACAUAUUUGCGUUUCAUCUUUAAAAUAUUUAUAUAUAACUUUUAAUAGGAUCUAAA